UCCCAUCCGCUGACCUGGAAACGCGCGUCGUUAUCCUGGAUCGGCGGCCUCAUUUCCGCCAGCCGGUCCAGCUCUUCCUCCGAGUCCGACAUGACUACGUGAGGAGGUUACGGCGAGGUUUCACCUGUUAUCCAGGUUACCAGGCCGUCAGUUCACCCUCGCAAGACUCGAAACACAAGCAUCAAGCCGUAGUCGCACUCGCAAGUAGUUUUUAGCUUUUUUUCCCCCAAUUUAAAGUCAUGUUCAACAUGUUCAAUCCGUCGCGGUACGUCGUCAGCCUCAGCCUGAACAGGUCCAAAGUGAACGUCAUACCUUCAAAGUCGCUGUCACUAGUCAAAUUCUGGUCAUCAAAAAAAGAACCUAAGGCCGAGGACAGGAUCAAGGCUAUCCUCACUGAGACCUUCCCCAAAGCUAAUUCAAUCGACGUCGUCGAUGUCUCGGGUGGAUGCGGUGCCAUGUUCGAGAUCGCGAUACAAGCCCCACAGUUUAAAGGUUUACCAAUCGUCAAACAGCACAGACUAGUUACAGAGGCUCUCAAGGAGGAGAUAAAGGACAUGCACGGUUUCCGCAUACACACGUCAUCCUAAUCAUGUUUUAGUUACCUAUAAUUUUUUAUUUCUUCUGUUAAAAUUUAAUAUGUCAUAAAAAAUCCAAAUAUUGAA